UCUACUUCAUUCAGUGUGCUGAACCAGCAGCCUGUCACUCUCACGCUAGCACGCAACGUAACUGUUCGACGCUACAAAGCUGAGCGACCCACACUCCCAAAGAUGGCUGACACAAACCCAGAAAGUCCUCCUCCCCAGCUUGGGCCUUUGCAAUUUUUAAUGAGUAACAAGUUGGAAACCGCGAUGUGGCUUUCACGACUCUUCACAGUCUACUGCUCCGUAAUGUUUAUUCUACCGAUUUUAGGAUCCUAUGCAGCAGCUAACUUCUAUCAGCGAGCCUUGUUGGCGAACGCCCUCACCAGUGCCCUCCGCCUGCAUCAACGGCUUCCACGCUUUCAGCUGAGUCGGGCGUUCCUGGCCCAGGCUCUCCAGGAGGAUAGCUGCCAUUACUUGCUCUACUCGCUCAUCCUGGUCAACUCCUACCCCAUCACAAUGAGCAUCUUCCCAGUCUUCCUCUUCUCCGUGCUUCACGCAACCACCUUCACGAAGAAAGUCCUCGAUUCUUUGGGCUCCAGCAGCCUGAUGUUCGUCAGGAACCUCCUGGACAAACUCACGUCCAAUCAGCAGAACAUCCUGAAGUUCAUCGCCUGCAACGAGAUCUUCUUGAUGCCAGCCACAGUCUUCAUGCUCUUCAGUGGCCAGGGAAGCUUGCUGCUGCCUUUCAUCUUCUACCGAUUCCUCACCCUCCGCUACACAUCCAGAAGAAACCCGUACUGCCGCACCUUGUUCACAGAGCUGCGAAUUCUUCUGGAGCACUUUAUCAUGAAGCCCGUUUGCCCCGCCUUCUUCCGGAAGAUGUGCUUCAGCAGCAUCGCCUUGAUCAGCCGCCUCGCCCCCACGGUGGUCUGAUUUUAAAACCCGCGUAGACGUUUUUGUUUUCGUUCGGUUUUGGUUUUUCCACCAUUUUAAGAUGCGACUUAAACUUUGAUGAGGACAGACAUUGCCAUCAACAGAAGGAACGGUUUUUCCGAAAGUCAACUUUACAGCCUCUGCUCCAACUUCUCUGUAUGUUUCGAGUCCAGUUGAAGAGCAGCCAGUAAUGCACUGAAGUCUCAUGGUGAUAUUUCUUUUCCCAUCUUCUUAAUGUGACCUCACUCGAGCGGUGGACACACCUCACUUUGUUACGUUCACUGAAGAUGUCAACUGGGAUCGGUCCCUACCGGCUGUUGUUAAUUUUUCUCCCUUUUAUGUCCUUAUUUAUUCAUGAAAAUCAUAUGAUGAAACAUUAACAUUCUGAGAUUAUUAACUUAAAUAAAAUGUGCUUAUUCAUAAUAAAAAAUGUUCUUUUUUUUAACAUGAUUAUGUUGUGCUUAGAUUGACUGGCGGUUGGAGUUUGUUUGCAGUUUCUAUGUGGUCCAAUUUUCUUUUUUUUUUUUUUUAAUGUGAAAAGCAUCCAGUGCUCUGAUUUGUCGAACUGCCUAAAUUAAAAUGUGUUCUAUCAAUGCCAUCAACCCACUCUUUUAACAACUUUCAAAAUCUAUGAAUGUAUGAUGUCAAACUAGCCGUUGAAUCGAGAAGCAAGAUAUCUGCUGUAUUUUAUAGAAUGUUUUAAGGUACCAGACGUUUUGCUGUUUGAGUCAUAUUUUGAAAGAGUUGCACAAUGCCUAUCACCAUGUUUUGAAUGCGUAGUCCCCUUGUUCAUCAGUUUGAAAGCUCUUUAAAAUGUGUUGCUAGGUAGUUUUCAUGCUUAUUGCAUGUUCUCAUUUGUUUAGUUUUUUCUGACAUGUUAGAUGUGUUUAUUUGCCCACAGACGAACCACAUUUUUAUGACGAAAAUAAAAUGAUCUCUUAAUUAAACCAAUAAAAUAUUAAAGAAUAGCAA